AAUUCUGUUAAAAACAUCAACAUACGGGCACUAUGACAAGUCAACAUGUCCGCUGUGAACACAUUUGAAUAUUAUAGGGACACUCAGCACCACGUGACUGGUUUCCCGCCUCUAUUCGCAAUGACUUCUUUGAUCCACUGAAAUACGAACAGAGUGACAGUUCUCUCCUCUCCAACCACCAGCGUAGGUAGCAUGUAUAGACGAGGUGCUUGUAUCUGAGAAGAACGGGACACCUUUAUCUCCUCUGGAUCAAAUGUUGACCUGGCUGCGGCGGCUGCAGGGUUACAGGAACAAUAAUUUAGAGAUAAGGAAUUGCAGCGAGGUUCCUUCUGGCCGUGAAGCAUCUCGAGUGGCUCAACAAAGUCGCCCGCCUGUCGUCGUUGUCUGCAUUCAAAACUUCCGCCGUCCGGAGAGACAGGUGUCGGGAUGAACAGGUCCAAGUCCAGCUGGGAUGAAAAAGUCCCCCAGUCUCCGGUCCCCAGGAUGACCCGCAGGUCCAGCUCCCAGACCAGGCCCACGGGCCCGGCAGAGACCCAGGACGCUGGGCCCGGGCCGUGUGCAAAACAACAAAGUAACAGAGAGGGGUCCAGGAGCGGCGGUCACUCCUCGGGGUCCAGGUGUGGUCGGAGCAGUCCGUCCACGUCGCCCGUCAGGCCCUCAUCCCUCGGGGGUCUGGCCUCAGUUGCUCGGCUGGUGAAGCUCGGCCGCUGUAAGAAGGUGGUGGUGGUGGCCGGGGCGGGAAUCAGCACAGCCAGCGGCAUCCCGGACUUCAGAACCCCGGGCACGGGUCUUUACGCCAACUUGGAGAAGUACAACAUCCCUUACCCGGAAGCUAUUUUCAACAUUGAUUACUUCUCCAACGACCCGCAGCCGUUCUUCUCCCUGGCCAAGGCGCUCUAUCCUGGCAGCCACCGACCAAACUACAUCCACUACUUCGUCCGCAUGCUCCAUAACAAAGGGCUGCUUCUACGCAUGUACACCCAGAACAUCGACGGACUGGAGAAACUCUGUGGCAUCCCGGAUGACAAACUGGUGGAAGCUCACGGUAGUUUUGCAACAGCCGCCUGUCACCUGUGCUACACGCCGUACCCUGCAGACGAGGCCAAGCACGCCAUAAUGAACGACAACGUCCCCAUAUGUACAUUCUGUGCUGCAACAGUCAAGCCUGAUGUUGUGUUUUUUGGAGAGGACCUUCCUCAAAAGUAUUUCCUCCACACUAAAGACUUCCCCAAAGCAGACCUGCUAAUGAUUAUGGGCACCUCAUUACAGAUUGAGCCGUUUGCGAGCCUGGUGAACACGGUGCGCUCCACGGUGCCGCGUCUCCUCCUGAACCGACACGCCGUGGGUCCCUUCGAGAAGGUCCCCCUGCGCAGAGGAGACCACGUGGAGCUCGGCGACCUGGAGGAUACCGUGCGGAGGUUCACUACGAUGCUUGGCUGGAACGAGGAGAUUGAGCAGCUGAUGAGGACUCAAGAAACACCGAUCAUCCCUACGUUCAUUGGCAGCUUGUCAGGGAGCGGACAAACGUCUUCUCAGAGCAGAGGAGCUCCAGAGCCUCCGUGUGCAAUGGAAACAUCCAAAUGCAGACACGCCAUCAACAGCGGCGGCGAGGAGGAGACGGACUCUGAGACGGACAGCAAAAGCUCUGCAUCGUCCUGCCAGAGCAAUUAAUGCUGGAAUGGUUUAAGACACUUUUUACUCUCCAUCUUUGUUUCAUAAUUAAAGCACUUUUUAUAGACAUAGAGAACAGAACACUCAUAAAUAUAUAUAUGAUGUAACAAAAAUCCCAAAUCCCGAUGUUUCUCAUUAAACUUU